AUGUCACAUUCUGGUGGAAAACCAAAGCAUUGUUUGACACCAUACAUAGUGGUUUUAAAUGAACAAGCAAACAAGUCAAAUAAAUUUGCGAUUUGCCAACCAUGUAAAAAUAUGCUUGGUUAUGAGGGUUCAAUUGCUAAUAA